AUGGAGAAUGACAUGGACAAAAUAAUGGACAGUUUACCACCACCACCACCGCCGGAAUCAACGACGACAAUACCGUCUGACCCCACCCUAUUCACUCCUCCAUCGUCCACGGCUCCACCAAGUUCGGAGAAGCCCUCUGCACCGCGACCACGCCCUUCCACCCUUCAAACCCUCCGCGUCUACCUCCUCAAAUACCUCACAACCAUCCCACGCACCGCAGACCGCAACCUAGUCCGCCUCGCCAAACUCCUCUCCACCCCAAGCGGAACAGACACCUUACUCUGCACAACAUCCUACACCCUCACCCUCGUCCACGCCCUCCUCUCCCGCCUCCUCCAGCGCCGCCUCGCAGUCAUUGCCUCGGAAAUCGCCCAAAAAGCAGACGGCAUCCUACUCCCCGGUGAAACCCUCAUCGCCUCCCUGCCCGCCCCCACCAGCACAAAGCGAAUCGCCCAAGUCGUCGGCUCCUCCAAAGCCCUUGCUGCCACGAUAGCAGACUACAGGAUCUUUGUGCGUUUAUGGGGAUUAGCAGGCCUCUACACAUGGGCGCGUGGAACCUACCUCUCCCCUCUGCCGGCGCAUGCAGAGAAACAGGACAGGCUGGUACGCGGCUUGACAUGGAGCGCCAUCGCAGCCUGCGUUGGCUUCCAGGUGCUUGAAAACGGCGCAUACCUCUCGAGCAAAGGCGUGCUCACGAGCUCGCGCUGGACAGGCGAGGCCGGCAAGGCGCGCGAGAACGCGUGGUGGCUUUGGAGUUCGCGGUUCUGGGCGGCGUACGUGGGCGUGGAGCUGGCGCGGCUGGGCGUGCAGUGGUAUUACCGUGAUGGGAAGCCGAUGCCCGCGCUACAGGGCGAUGGCGAGAAGGAGGACAAGUUGAGGCGGGAGGAGGAGGUCAGGAAGCGCAAGUUGGAGAAGUGGGUGUGGUGGAAGGAUUUGGCGUCGAAUCUGGCGUAUGCGCCUAUGACGCUGCAUUGGAGCACCGAGAGGGGGCUGUUGAGUGAUUGGGGGGUUGGGGCCUGUGGGAUGGUGGCUGGAGGGGCCAUGUUGGCGGAUGCGUGGAGAAAGACUGCGUAG